GUGGUCAGCGACCCCGCGGGCGUGACGGGCGUUGCGGCUGAGUUCUGGGGCAAGAUCUUCGAGCGCGCGCCGACCGUGGAGCAGAAGCUGCGGCUCAACCAGUUUCUCGACCGCUUUGCCCCGCAGCUACCCGCGGUGGAGCUCCCGCAGCCGUCGCUGCACUCGCUGGCGCGCGCCGCAGAGCGGGCCCCGCCGAGCGCCCCUGGGGCCGGCCAGCUUCCGCGCGCAGCGUGGCGGCGCAGCCCUGGGGCCCCCCUGCAUCCACGCGCUCUGAUGGAGCAGCUGUUCAACGAGGGCGCAGGCCCGCAUGACCUCAACUGGUCGCUCUGCCCCUGCGCGUCGAAGGGGGCGGAGGGCGAGGACACGCCCGACUCGUGCACGUGCGCGGCAUCCACUGUGCGCGCGCUCUCCCUCAAUAAUGCGGGCGCCAAGCUCAUUGCUGCCUGCGCGGAUCGCGCCUUGCAGCCCAUCGCCACCGUCGCGGCGGAAGGGGCGCAGAAGGGUUUCACUGCUGGUCGACGCUGCGCGGGCCACAUCCCGCUCCUGGACGCGGAGUGCCGCCGCGUGGGGCUCCUCCCUGGUACUGGGGCGCCGCUGGGCUACUGCAAUGCGAUCUCGGCGCUGCGCUGCAACCGCAUCGCCUUCAGCUCCUUCCGAGUUCCUGGGGGCAGCGCGGCGAUGGAGCCGCUCUUUGCCUUGAGGUGCGGCAUCAUGCAGAGGUGCCUCCUUUCGGGCACGGUCUGGCGCUUGGGCAUGGACGCCCCGAUCCGCGCUCUGAUAAAGGUGCUGGGCGACCCCCCUAAAGGCUGCCUCGCAGCGCGCGCGGGCGACCUGGGCACGCUCAUCCGCAACGCCAAGAUCCUCCCUUCCAUCGCCGACUCUUUCGUUGACAUCGAGUUUGCUUUCAACCUCCAGCUAGCGAUCCACAAGUGCGCGCUGGUCCCGCUCUGGGAGGAGGUCACGCCCGACCUCAUCAAUGAUGCCAGGACGCUCUUGGCCGAGAUGGCCCCGAGCUGGAAGGGCUUCCGCGUCGCCCCCUCGGCCAAGUACCUGGGCUCGCGCAUCGGCCCUGGCAUCGCGGAGCAGGGCAUCUGGAAGGACGCGGCGGCGAAGUGGUGGUCUCGGGCUGCGGAACUGAGCCGCGCGGGCAUGGCGGCCAGCCUUGCCGCUCGCGCCUACAACGUCAGCGCGCUGCCGCGCCUGUCCUACCUCGCCCAGUUCUUCUUCUCAUCCCCGAGAUCUGGCGGCGCCCUGAAGGGCUCGUGGUCGCCGCCCUGGUGGGCCACCAAGAGCUCCAUCGUUCAGAACUACGGCCUCGUGAUGGACCUGUGCGGCACCCUGCCGCGCCCGCGCCCUGCGUUUGACAAGGUGCCCGCCCCUGUGCCGACGACCAUCAUCGAGGCGGCCCGCAUCGCCAUGGGCGACGAGGAGAAGGAGGCCGCCCAGGCCGCCGCGAUGCGCACCAUCCGCGACGGCCUAUACGAGGAACGCUUCGACCAGCUGAUCGGCCGCCGCCCGCGGCGACGGGGGAUUGAGGCGCCCGCCGAGGAGCUGCGGAGCCGCUGGCUGGAGCUCCGCGCGGCGCUGCGCGCAGCGCGCCCCGCCUGGAUGCGGUCGCGGUUGCGCACCAUCUCCAACGGCUGGAUCACGUCUGGCAGGAUGCACGUCAUAGCGCCCCGCCUGCGCAUCAUGGGCAGCGAGGCGCGCGACGACCUGUCGCACUACAUUGCGCGCCCUGUGCUCCGCGGCGCGGUCGCGGCGCCGGCGGAGGAGAGUGAGCUGAGCAGCGGCGCCUUGUUUUCGGCUUAG